UGAUGAGAGUGUAAUCCAACUGGAUUACGUGCAGAGCGGCGGAUUGAGUCCGUUGAUUCUAGGACUCCCCGUCCGAACCCUUCUAUGGCUCUUUUGCAAUAUUGUAUGCAUUAAUGAUCAGAUUCUCAGAUUCUUUGUCCAUUCAUGAGGAUAUAAUUAUCUGAAAGGCAAAGUAUUUUAUUUCAUUUCAGAGAAGAGGGAUUUAUUUUCCAGUGGUAUAUCAGCAUUUUUGCUACUUUUAACUCUUUUUCCCCCCUCAAAAUGAAGAAUGCUCAACAGGAUUUUAUCAAGAAGAAGAUUUGGAGCCAACAAGCACCGGUCCAUGACCAGUGGACAUUUAUUUUUAAACAAGAAGCAUAGUGUAUGUGAUCUGAAGCUGAAGUCAAUAUGAAUAAACGUGAACUUUGGGAUGAGACUCAGAGUAAGGUUUUGGUAAAGUUGAAGUAAAGUGAAGCUGUAAAUUCCAGUGGAUGAACACUUCCUGUCAGUGAUUCAGUGGUCACAGACUUGCUUUAUUGGGAUUAUGGGCAACAGAACACAGCAUUCAUGGGUCACAGUCUUCCUGCUUUACUCAGGCUGCUUGUACCUCCUGACCAACGCACAGAUGAAGAUUCCACCUGAAACGGUUCAAAAAUGGGCCGAUAGCCUUUCAGAACAGCUGAAUGCAGUUGCUAUAAAAUAUUCAGGAUCUGCACUUCUACAGAAGAAACUCAAAGAUGUGGAGCCCAUUAUCCGGAUAGAGGAAGUAAAUGGAAUUCAUUUGGCCCAGGAGUUUUCAGAUGAAAUUGAGAAGAUGCUGGGAAGCAAGAUGAAGUCUGUUAAGCGACUGGCAGAUACAGUGGAGGACGCAGAUCUAUACCACGAGUUUAAUGCAAGCUUAGAGUUUGACUAUUUCAACUCCCUGCUGGUAAACACGAUGGAUGAGGAUGGCAACUACAUUGAACUUGGUGGCGAGUUUCCACUGGAAGAGAACGAGCAUUUUAACAAUCUGCCAGUUAACACACUAAUGAGUGACAUCCAAGUCCCAACCAAUGUGUACAACAAAGAUCCAGACAUUCUCAAUGGUGUGUACAUGUCUGAGGCUUUGAAUGACGUCUUCAUCAGUAACUUCCAGAAGGACCCGACUCUCACAUGGCAGUUCUUUGGAAGCUCCACUGGUUUCUUCAGACUCUAUCCAGGUAUCAAGUGGACUCCAGACCCGAAUGGAGUGGUUGCAUUUGACUGUCGAAAUAGAAACUGGUACAUUCAGGCUGCUACGUCUCCAAAAGACAUUAUCAUAGUGGUGGAUAUCAGUGGCAGCAUGAAGGGCUUGAAGCUCACUAUUGCCAAACACACCAUAAACACCAUCCUGGACACUCUGGGGGAAAAUGACUUUGUCAACAUUAUUGCGUACACUGAUUAUGUUCAGUAUGUGGAGCCCUGUUUCCAAGGCACGCUCGUGCAGGCGGAUCUGGACAACCGGGAGCAUUUUAGGCUGCUUGUGGAAGACCUGCAAGUAAAGGGCGAGGGGAAAGUUAAAAAGGCCAUGAAGGAGUCUUUUUGGGUGUUGAAUGAGGCCACAGCGAAUGGGCAGGGCAGCUUGUGCAAUCAGGCCAUCAUGCUCAUCACAGAUGGAGCCAUGGAAGAUUUCCAGUCUGUGUUCGAGGAGUUCAACUGGCCCGAGAGGAAGGUGCGGGUUUUCACCUACCUCAUCGGCCGUGAUAUGACCUUCGCAGAAAAUGUGAAGUGGAUCGCCUGUAACAAUAAGGGUUACUAUACUCACAUUAACACGCUGGCCGAUGUGCAGGAGAACGUCAUGGAGUAUCUUCAUGUUCUGAGUCGCCCCAUGGUCAUCGAUCACGAUCAUGACAUCAUCUGGACUGAGGCGUACAUGGACAGUGUGCUCUUUAACAGCAUGGCUCAGAGUCUGCUCCUGAUGACCACUGUGGCAAUGCCUGUGUUCAGCAAGAAGAAAGAGACUUUGUCACAUGGAAUUCUACUGGGAGUGGUGGGCACGGACAUUCCAUUAGUGGAGGUCAUGAUGCUUACUCCUCGAUACAAGCUUGGUGCUCACGGCUAUGCUUUCCUCAUUACAAACAACGGCUACAUUCUGGCACACCCUGAUUUAAGGCCUCUAUAUAAAGAUGGAAAGAAACUCAAACCCAAACCAAACUACAACAGUGUGGAUCUGACUGAGGCAGAAUGGGAAGACAGCAAUGACACAUUGAGAACAUCCAUGGUGAAAGGUGAGACCGGUACUUCAAUGUUAGAUGUAAGAACUGCAGUGGACAGAGGGAAAAGGCCAUUGUUUCUUAAAAACAAUUAUUUCUACACAACCAUCAAUGAUACACCAUUUAGUUUUGGGAUGGUGUUAACACAGGGCCAUGGGCAGUACAUGUUCUAUGGAAAUGUUUCUGUUGAAGAGGGCCUUCAUGACCUUCAGCAGCCAGACCUUACCAUAGCCAAAGAGUGGACCUACUGUGAGACAGAUAUUGACCCCCAACAUCGUAAACUCACUCAGCUCCAGGCUGUUGUCCGAUACCUGACCGGGAAAGAGCCUGACCUUGAAUGUGAUGAGGUUCUUCUGCAACAAACUCUGUUCGACGCAGUGGUCACGGCUCCACUUGAAGCCUAUUGGACUGCACUGAUGCUGAGUGACACUGGCGUGGAUGAUGGAGUGGAGACAGCCUUCUUGGGGACACGCUCAGGCCUCAUGCGUGUCACCAGAUACACUGGCAAUGAGCAACGGAAGGGGAAGCACUUCCUAACUGCAGUGGACAAGGAGAAUCUUUUUACUAUGGACCAUCACCCUAUCUGGUACCGCCUGGCAGCUGAGAACAAACCAGGACAGUUUUAUUACUACGUACCUGUUGAUGAUAUCAAUAAAGACAAGAACAUCUUCGUAGCAGUGACUGCUGUAACCGUGACUGAGAAGAAGAAAACAGCACUGGCUGGAGCAAUUGGAGUCCAAAUGUCAUUAGAUCUACUUGAAAGAAGAUUCUGGGCCACGGCUAAACAGGCAAAUGACACAGAUUGCAGUAAUGUGGAUGGGUUGUGUCCUCUCAGCUGUCAAAGCAUCGAUAUUAACUGUUACCUGGUGGACAACAAUGGGUUCAUAGUGAUCUCUAAGGAGAGAAGUGACGUUGGAAGAUUCUUUGGGGAAGUCGACGGAUCAGUGAUGGCUCAGCUCAUCAAAUCGGGCUUGUUUAAAAGGGUGACCUUAUACGACUACCAGGCCAUGUGCAAGAACAGCCAUCAUCACGCCAGUGCAGCUCGACCCCUGCUGAGUCCUUUCUACAGCCUCAUGGCAGUAGCCAAAUGGCUUUUCUCCAACUUCAUGCUAUUUCUUUUGGAGUUCAAUAUCUGUGGGCUGUGGCAUAAUGACUAUCUCGUAGAUGCCAAGUCUGGAUACCACACUACACACAAACAGAAGAAGGUCGAGUCCAUGGUGCCCUGUAACACUGAAUAUCCCGGAUUCAUGUAUGAUACCUCCAUCAGGGAGACCAAUAGCAUCAUUAAGUGUGGUCGAUGUCAAAAGAUGUUUGUGCUCCAGCAGGUUAUGAACAGUAACCUGGUGAUGCUGGUGGUGCAGGCAGACUGUGACUGCUCACGCCAGUAUUCUCCCAUCACCCUCACUCCAAGAGAAGUCAAAUAUAAUGCAACAGUAAAAUGCAACAGGAUGAAAUCACAGAAGAUCCGCAGACGUCCCGAGUCCUGUCAUGCAUACCAUCCUCAUGAAAAUGCUAAAGACUGUGGCGGAGCGUGUGAGAUUUCCAUAUCAGUGGCUCUCUUCUUCUUAUCCCUGGUCACAUCACUGACUCUUUGCUGAUGAACAAAGACAAGCAUCCGUCUGCUACAGGCACUCGGGAGUCUGCACGCUGCCUGCAGUUUCACAACUCCGAAGAAGCUUUGGUGAACAUUGCACCGCUGUGAAUUAUUAACAGUGGAGUUACAGAAUUGUGGCUUUAAACUAAAACGUUUUAAAUAAACCGGUUUCUUCUGCAACAGUAGGAUGUUGAAAGACAUGAGCUAUUAACAGUGUCUGAGAAUAGAAGAGCUGAGGUUACUACAUGCUAAGCUCAGUGGCAGACACCAGUUUUUAUUUUGAUGCAUUAUUUCAUUCUAUUUUUUAUUAAGUAUGAAAAUGAUUGGUAUAGUUUUUUAUAGUGUUUAUGUAAAGAAGUGUGUGAUGUGAACAUUUAUUAACAGUAUGGCCCAGAUAAUGAUGCAUUAUCCUAACAUUCAUUAUUAUUAUUAUUAUUUAUUAUUAUUCAUUUUUAAAAUCUUAUCAUACCAUAGCUUCAAAUUUGAGCAUUAAACAUGCAUUAUGUGUGACAAUCAACUUUCACAUAGAUUUUAUUAAUAUUUUAAACAUAGUAAUUUUUUACUUAUUUAUUUUAAACAAUUUCAGCCACAUUAAAUCAAUUAUACACCAUCAGCUUUAAUUGGCUAUACAUGAUCUUAUUCUAGCUUAUUUUACUUAAAAAUGUUUAAUAUCUGAGACAAUUACUUCAGCAGGACAAGGUGCUAAAAGAUGACCAAAGAUGCUUCUCAGG